CUUGUUAGUCCAAAAACCUUAAUAUUCACGUGCCAUAAAGUCCUAAAUCAUGAAGUGGGCCUGAAAGUUACUUUAACCUAAAUAACUACCACGAUUCGGAUUGGAUGUAUAUAUUCCAAUUACUGAUCUUUGAUCAAAUUUCAGGUGGCGCGAUAUUCGUCAAAUGGCUUUCAUAGUAGAGUUAUCACGUGUAAGAGUUUUAUCUCUUCGAUACAGUGGAAAAUUUUUGCUUUACCGUUUUCAAAAUUUUCGUCACAGUAGCUUACGACAUUUGUUAUCUUCAAGCUAUUAUUGUGAAGAAGCAUGGAAAGAAAGAUUGAAAAGCACAGUUUUCAAAGAGUUAAAUAUGGAAGAAUAUUUAGCAGAACUUGAUAAAAAAUUUUCAAGUAAAAGAAAAGUGAGUGCUGUUGAUAUUGACCUGUUUGCUAAUCAUGUACAAGAGGAAGAGCAAUUAGAACAUUUAGAAAGUGUUAUACACAGGUUUCGUCGAACACCCAAUACACUGCAUAUGUUAGAAUCUACACCUUGUGCUGUUAUAAGAGCAUUUUUACAAUUUGGUCACUAUGACAGUCUUCUGAAAAUAUUGAAUGAUAGAAUCAACUAUGGGAUAUUUCCAGACUACUACUGCUACAACAUUUUAAUGGAUGUUUUCUUAAAGAAGCAAAAUUAUAGAGAUGCUGCCAAGAUAGCAUCACUGAUGAUGUUGCAAGAAGACUUCAAUCAUCCAAUCAGUUGUAUACUUGCUCUUUACUCAUGCCACAUGUAUUUACGUGAUCCUCAACCAGAACCGUGGGACACUGAACUUGGAAAGGAAGAGGAGACAAAAGAGGAAGACGAAGAAGAGGUGUUUAUCAGGGUUCCAUAUAUUCGAAAUCCAUUUUAUGAUGACCAUUUCGAUAUCAAAGAUCCUAAGUACCUUAUUGGAAAAACUUUGUACCUUGCUGGUAAAGAGCACAAUAGUAUUUUGGGAAGAACAUACCAACUGGUUGGCUUAGGAAUGUAUGAAAAGUGGGAGAAGGCCGAAAAACUCUUGAGUGAGUUUCUGAAUCUAUUGGAAAGUCAGCCAGUGUUAUUACAAGAAGGGGUUUCAAAAUUCCGAGAGUUACUUCAGGCCAAUCUGGAUGAUGAAACUAACGAAAGAAGACAAUUCAAAUCUUCAAUAGAAUCAAAGCUUCAAACACUGGAAUCCAAAGGUUGUGUGUCUAGUGAGGAUUGCCACAAAUUGAUGAACCAAAUGCUGGAAGAUGUUACAAAAUAUGAAGAUGAUGACAUUCAAGGACAAAAAAUGUUAUUUAAAGAGUGGGAACAAAAAAGGAAAGUUUUUCUUACUCAACAAAUUGAAGAAUAUUUACGGGAGAAAAGUGUUAAAGCCAUUGAAGAGAAAAAGAAGGAACUUUCUGAGAAGGAAGAGCUGCUUUUCUUCUUUGAAAACUGGGACAAACAUGAAAUGGAACUUGCUGAAGUAGAAAAAUUAGAAGAAAAACAGAAAGGCUUAAAAUAUGAAGAAGAAUAUAUACCACCUGAAAUUCCUCGACCGAAGUAUCAAAGUAAUUGAGUUUUUUAGUUGCUGAAGAACCAUGAGCAGUCUUAAGUUAAAUAAUACAUCAUAAUAGGCAAGGUAUUUUGUGUCUUCUAACGAACUUCAGUAUUUAUCAAUCAGUGUAAAGAAUUCUGUUUGAUAGCCAACAUUAUUGAAAGGUAGACUACUUUCUUGGUAUUUAAAUAACACCGUUGUAAGAUGAGUGGAUAUUCUGAUGUCAAGAAGCUUUGGAAAUGUAGUUUUUAUGUGAAUAAAAGCAUUACCUUUAGAAAUGAAA